AUGGCCGCGCGCGCGCCUUCGCCCGGCGAAAAUGAUGAUGCGCACCCCGCGCCCGCACCGGUGCCUCUCUCAAUGCCUCCGCCAGACCACAAGCUUUUUACCCACAAAUACGACUUUCUCGUUGACUUGAUGGAUGACUUGGAAGAAUGGUCCGCUUCAGCGCUCUUUUGCGUACGAAAGCUUCGUGCGUCGAACAAGAUCAAGGACUUCGGGCAUUCCUGCGUUGAGAUUUCCUGCCAGAGAGGCAAGAUUCGACUUAGCGAGGCAACCACACAAAAGAGUCAACAGAGGACUAUAAAGUGCGACUGUCUUCUCAAGCUUGUGGCUAAGGCGCUCGCGAAAGACAAGCGUAAAUGGACCCUACACAUCGUCAACAGCACACAUAACCACCCGCCCGCCGAGUCCCGUGCCAAUUUGGUCGGUAAAUUCCUCCCUAAGCACAAGGCUUUUGUGGCGACCUAUUCCGACAGGCCCGCGAUCUCGAAUCGGGAGAUCGCUAGGGAUUUGCGCACCAAGUUCCCCGGCUUCGUCUUCAACCCGACAAGAGACCCUUGA